CAGUCAGGGCCAAGGGCUGGGGGCUUAGGGCCGGCAUGCUGGACCGGCAGGGGCUGCGGCCGGCGCUCCUCCACUACCUCCGCAGCGCAUACGGGAUCAAGGUCAAGGCCGGCCUGGGCCAGCCGGACCCCGGGAAGCAAGUCGCGGCAGCGCUGGGGGGUAAAACGUUUGGAACUCCGCUUUGCACCUUGCCCCAUGUCACAGUGCCCGAGUUUGGACAUGUCCCCAGCUUCCUGGUGGAAGCCUGCACAUCUCUCCGGGAGCACAUCCACACCGAGGGCCUUUUCCGGAAGUCCGGCUCCGUGGUGCGGCUGAAAGCCCUGAAGAGCAAGCUGGACCAGGGGGAGCCCUGCCUGGCAUCCGCCCCUGCCUGUGACGUGGCCGGACUUCUGAAGCAGUUUUUCCGGGAGUUGCCAGAGCCCAUCGUGCCAGCGGCGUUCCACGAAGCCCUGUUGAAAGCCCAGCAGCUGGCCAGGGAGGAACGGGACACCGCCACCGUUCUGCUCUCCUGCCUCAUGGCUGACACCACGAUCGGCAUGCUGCGUUUCUUCUUCAGCUUUCUCAGGAGCGUGGCACUCAGGUCGAGCGAGAACAAAAUGGACAGCAGCAAUCUGGCUGUGGUCUUUGCCCCGACCCUGCUGCACUUGGCUGACGGCCGGGCCAAGGCGGCAGCCCCCAGCGAGCGGAAGCUGCGCCUACAGGCAGCCGUGGUGCAGACCUUCAUCGAGCGCGCGGCCGAUAUCGGGCAUGUGCCGGCAUUCAUCCUGGAGAAGAUUCCCUCGGCGCUGGGCACGGAGGGCCCCAGCCUGGGGGGCAGCGAGGAGGGCGAGUGGGAGUCUCCGGCAGAGUGGAGGAGGAGGAGGAGAAGGAGCAUGGGAGAUAUGGUCAGCGGAGCCCUGAAUAAGCUGAAAUCUAACCGGACUCCAUCCACUCCUCCCCAGUCAGAGCGGUGGGUACUUCCGCCGGGGACCCCAGGGACCCUCACGCCAAGCACCAAGCGCAAGCUGCCAAUGGAGCCCUCCCACGGCUUCUCCAGCAAGAAGCGGAAAUCUCUCAGGACCAACCUCAACCUGGACUUGUGUCCAAGCGGCCCCUUUGGCAGCUCGGUCAGCGGCUCUGCCAGCGACAUGUCCACGCCCGCAUCAGUUCAACUGGAAGCAAGCCCAGGGGGGAGACUCCAGCCUUCCCAGAUCUCGCAUUCACCCCUGACCAUCAGCAAGGAGUGGCUGCCCAACUCGAGCGGGCUUCGACGGAGCAAGAGGGUGGCCGGCAUGUCCGUGCGCAGGGUGGAUUCAGGCAAAGCAGGCUGCUUCUCCCCAAAGAUCAGCCGGAAGGAGAAGGUGCGCCGGUCGCUGCGCCUGAGGCUCAACCUGGGCAGGAGUGGCAGAGACCCGAACGGGGGUGGCGGAGCGAAGAGAUUGGAAAGCGUGGGUCACCGACUCGCUCACCAGCAGGAUUUAGCACAGAGGAUGGGAUCCAUCAGAACAGGGACACUCUUCAGCCCGGACACCUCCCAGAACCCACCACAGAGAGGUUCAAGGUGUAGCAGCCUGUCUGAAGGAACCCCACCAGCAGGAGCGUGCCCAAGGCGGGUGCCUCAGCGAGGGUCAUGGACCGACCUCGGUCCUCCAGCCUGCCCGGCCCCUCGGGUCGGCCAGCCCCCUGUGGCCAGCCUCGAGGCAGGGAGCUGCGCCUCCUUCAAGCCGCCCCUUCCAGGCAGGAGCCCCCGGCCAACCGCCGGAGUUGGAGCCCCUGAGCCCGAGGCCAGUCCUCCUGGCAACUCCUUGACCAGUGAGACGUUGCUGAGGAUUCAGAAAGCCUUUUCCCAGUCUGGAAGUGACCUCAACGGGCUAAUCAGCGGGCGGGCCACAGGGGUGCCCGCAGCCACAGCCUUCUGUGGCCUGAGAGAUGAGAGCCCAGUAGAGGGGCUCAGCCUGGCGGAACCGCCGACUGCCAAGGAUACGGCUGCAGUCCAGACCGGGGUAGGGGACACAGUGGAGGGGUCCCAGAGAGGGCAUGGGCAGGGGUACAGGGUGGAUGCUCCUGCCCCAGAGGUUGGAGCCAGUGUCUGGGAGAGAGACCCCUCCCGACCCAGUCACAAACUAGUGUCUGAGUCUAGGGCCCAGGGUUCAGAUAGAAAAAUAGCCCCAAAGGGUGGUUCUCCGCAGGGCCUGUCACCACCACCACCAGGGAGCCUCCAAGCAGAGCUGCCAGCUGGCCGGCCUGGAAAGCGUAGCAAUCCCAGCACCACAAUGGAUCCGCCAGGUCCUGUGGUGGACAUCAGCAAGACUUCCCUGGACCAGCGGCCUGUCUGCGUGCCAUUAGAACCUCUGGGGCCUGGUGCCCCCGCUUGCCAGCGGCCUACCCCUGAGGCAGGGGAGCAGCCCAGGUCAGAGCCUUCCCUUGGGGCAGAGGAGCAGGCCAAGGUAGAGCCCCUGGGCUUGGGCGUGCGGGGGAAGGUCUUGGACCACAUCCACUGGUUCAACAAGUUGUCGCUGAGCGAGGCGAGUGUCACCGCCCCAGCCCGGGCACCGCUGUCAUUCCAGCGGACCCCUGUGCGUCAGUCUGUGCGCCGCAUCAACUCCUUGUGCGACUUCCCCCGGCAGCUGGGGCAACGCCCGCCAGUCCGGGGCAGAGAUGCCACCCAAGCCGCGUCCCCUCUGGUGAAGUCGGCCAGCUGUGACAGUGGCCUGGCCUCCUUUUCAGACCGGUCAAGUGCCGUGGCAAUGGCAAGGCUGCUCCCUCGGGGUCCCCCCGUCCCUCCCCGUGGGCCUAAACCAGUCCUGGACGACCUGACCAAUCAGGACCCUGUACCAGCUGGGGCACACAGGGGUCCCCGGGCAGCCGGUGCUUCCCCUGGGCCCCACCGGAAAAUGUCCGGGAGAGACCGGGCCCGCUACAGGGGAUCCCCGAAGAAUCCCAUCGCAAGCACGAGACUGUUGCCCUCCACCAGACCAGUCCAACUGUGAUGGCAGCGGCAGCUCCCACUUGUCUGCUGACUGACCACUCGCUGGUGAUGGAGCAGUGUGGGGUAAAGACUGCAGUGGACUCUGGUUAGUUGGGAGCUCAGCCUAACCUCAACCCGCCCCAACUUGUCGUUCCUCCAGGAUUCAGGGUCUGGGGUCAUGGCAAGACUCGGGUCUGGUGCUGUGGGUUGGGGUGGACUCCAACAGAACUCUCAGUUCUAUUUGUGGACUUCGUUUUGGGAUUUGGCUGGGCUCACCUAGCCACCCAGCCUAUGCCUGUAGCAGUUGCUUGCUUAAAGGGGGAGGCUGAGGGCCUGGAUGAUUCUCAGGUGGCUUCCUUGCCCUCAGUUGUGAGGAAGAGUUCCUGACCUCAUCUGAAAGGGUGGGGCUGGUGGGGGGGGAGGCAAGCCCAAACCUGGCCAAGCAGCCGGGGCUGAGGCCAACAAGACAGGUGAACCAAGCCAUGCUGGGCCCGUGAGGGGCGAGGGGGACUUAUGAGGGUGGUUCACCUGCCCUGUUGGGCCUGAACCCAAACGGUUUGCGGCAAAAAAGAAAGCCAGAAACUGCUCUGGUUAGGUUUCCUGCUUGUGAGAGUCCAUCAGGGUGGGGUCCUUCAACCACAAGAAUCUUUUAUACUAUCGUGUUAUUUAUUUAGCCCAGAAAUUAAAGUGAUGCCUGCAGGACACUACUGAGUCCUCGUCUCUGCCAAGACCAUACUAACCUCCUCUCUCUGGGGCUUGGCUCACACUGGUGCAACUUUGCU